AUGCCGAUUCCCACCUCCUCAACAGGGCAGUCGUAUCCGCCCGUGUUGGACUACCGCAUCGUCCAGCUCAUCGGCGGAGGCGGCUUCAGCAAAGUCUUUCGCGCUGUGAAUCCAUCAUCCAAGUCGAAUGCCGUGGCUGCCAUCAAGGUCAUAUCGUACGCACCAAACCGUUCCAACAAGUAUCCCAUCGACCGUCGGGCGCUGCAGAAGGAAGUCCAGGUGCACUCCAUCCUCAAACACCCAAACGUCCUCGAAUUUCUGGGCGCUGUCGAGCGUGGUGUCGACAAGAAUGGAAAUGCCGGAAAGGAGAAGGGCAUUUUGAUGGGAGAAGCUAUCGCCACCACACAGGAAUCCAUCAAGGCUCGCGACAAGGAGCGGCAAAAGAUGCUCAGCACUCCUUCGCAUGACGACAACUACGUACCUGGCCUCUACAUGGUGCUUGAACUCGGAGCUGGCGGCGAUCUCUUCGACAAGAUUGCGCCAGACUAUGGUGUCGAGGAGGACUUGGCGCAUUUCUACUUUCAGCAGCUGCUCGCGGGGUUGGAGUACAUUCACUCUCAGGGUGUCACACAUCGCGAUAUCAAGCCAGAGAACAUGCUGCUCGAUGCGGAAGGCAACCUCAAAAUCGCCGACUUUGGCCUCUGCUCGGUGUACAAGUACAAGGGCAAGGAGCGAGAGCUGACCGGCGCUUGUGGGUCUUUGCCGUACAUUGCACCGGAGAUGAACGGCAGACCUUACCGCGGCGAGCCUGUUGAUGUUUGGAGCUCAGGCGUGGUGCUCUUCGCCUUGCUCGUCGGAAGCACUCCUUGGGACGAACCUACUUCAAGAUCACCCGAGUACAACGCAUAUCGCACCGGCGAGCUCUUUGCCUACGACCCGUGGACCACGAUUCCAAGCGAUGCGCUAUCGUUGCUCAAGAAGAUGAUGCACCCGAACCCAGAGAAGCGCAUCACAUUCGAAGGGAUUCGACGCCAUCGCUGGUUCAAGCGGGCCAACGAGCUCAUGACACAGAAGGGCAAGUGCAACGAUCCCGUCAACCUGGCCGAAAAGCUGCUGCAGGGUCUCGCCGUCUCGGGCGACAUCAACUUGGAAGUCAACAGUGCUGCAGCAGCAGCGCGUCGCCUCGAUCUUCACACAGAUGGUCAGCGAGCGCAGGUGCCCGAAAACGUAUCCCUCACGCAACCUGAGGCGAUCCAGAACAGCUCGUUCGGCUUAGCAGCGGGAAGAUCGGUGGCGCGCGGAUGGCAGCAGGAGGCAGGGCCUGUCGGUGGUCUGGCUCUUCCAUCAUCGACAGCAAUGCCUGCCAUUGCAGCCAGCAGCGACGACAUGUCACGCCGCCUGGCCAUGAGCCAGCACAUUUCGACCCGUCGACUCGAGUACUCGAGCUCGGGCAGCGGCCUGGGCUCCGAGAUGGCCAUGCCUGGCGCCUCGCAAUUCACACAGGCCCUCAAUCACUUUACGCAGUUCGAAGCGCUCACCCACAUGGCUGGCGCUGGGAGCUCGCACUUGCGCUUCUCGCCGCAUCUCACACGAUUCUUUUCCUCAGCGACAGCAGUCACCAUGCUAAGCCUGAUCACGAACAUCCUCGACAGUCUUGCGAUUCCGAACGGCACCGAAGCCAUCGGUGACCAGGAAGAGCUUGAGGAGGCGUACAAUUUCAUGGUCGACGGGGAGCCCGAGAAUGACGAUGCUUCUCGCACUGCGGGCAAGAAGCUGGUGAUCGGCAACAGAGGCGCUCGUGUGCGUCUGACUACGAUGGACAAGCGCAAGUGCCCACUGCGAGGAGGCAUCCGCAUUGAGAACCUGAUCGCGCCAGACGCAACGUCAGAUUCAGCAUCGGCUGCUUCGAUGCCAGACGAUUCCGCCAAGUGCCUGGUGGUGAUGCAGAAGAGCAAAGGUGACCCGCUCGAAUGGCGAAGGCUCUUCCGAGAGAUUUGUCGCCGAUCAGAGAUCCGAGCUACCAUCAUCUCGACCUGA